UUACACGUAAAUGGUGCAGUCACAAAACGACGACGUCGCGAAGGAUUCGUCUAGAGGCAUCCAUGGCGGAUGCAGGUGGAGCUAGAACACUCCACCACUGCUUCUGAUCCACCAUAAAAACCCAAUCAAAUUUCCCCAAUCACACCAAAUUGUUGAAUUACUCCAUCAGAGCACGCAAAUCGUUGUAAAUCAGCAACAAAAAAUGUUUUUCUUUUUCGUGGGAGGAUUGGAGCAGCAGGCGAGGCAGGUGUUGAAGAGCGGCGUCGGUCGUUGCAUAUCCUGCGGAUCUCCGGCGGAUCUCGUGGAGUACGAGAAAGUGCUCAAGGCCUUCUUCGUGCCGGUGUGGCGCUGGCCAGGGAAGGAGCCGCUCAUGCACUGCAAGGACUGCAAUCUCUUCUUCCCUCAAUCGAUCUCUCCUCCUCCGCCGCCGCCGCGCCUCCUGGAGAAGGAAUCCGUGGAUGCGGCUUUGAGAUGCCACUUCUGCUCUCGUCAGGUCGAUGCCUCGUUCAGGUUUUGCCCCUUCUGCGGAUCGGGGCUUUAGAUUAUGAAAUUAGGGUUCUGUUAGCUCAAUUUGUAAUGUUUCGAAUUUGGGAAAUAGAAAAGUAAAUUGACGAAAUAUUGAGAUGCUUUUGUCUUAGCUCAUCCAAAUUGCCUUGAUUAGAUUAUGAAAUUAGGGUUCUGUUAGCUCAAUAAAUGUUUUCGAAUUUGGGAAAUAGAAGAGUAAAUUGACAACA